GUUCGUGCGAUGGGAACGAUCGACCUUGCAACCGAUAUUAGUGUACCGAAUUCCUCACUCGCUGGGCCUCUGCUCAAGAGCCCACUCGUAGGCGUCAUCAGGCUACAACGUGCUGUUACCUCAAGCCCAUCCCUGUUCUCCAGAAGCACCCCAAAAGGCUGGAAAGAGAUAUUAUCACGCUGGUUGUUAUUCAGCCGGAAGGGACCUACUUGGAAGAGCAAACAUUCACCAACACCAACUUCGCGAAACGCGUGUUCUCCUGACUAGCACAGGCAUGUAUGAAGGGAAAAACUCGGUCUUCUACGACUGCACUUCCAUUGCCC